AUGUUGUCGACUGCUCAAGAUGGAGCAUUUAACUCUGAGACAUCUCCCACCACUCUCAAGUGCCGCCGAAAGAAACGCACCAAAUUAAUCAAAAUUGACAAUUCUCCCACUUCCAGUACUAGUGCCAUAAUUUCUAAGCUCAAAUAUGUGAAGCCAGAUCCUAUUGCACCCAAGAUCACCAGGCCCUGUACAGAGUGUGGCAAGAGGUUUUGGUCAUGGAAGGCACUUUUUGGUCACAUGCGCUGCCACCCCAAGGGCCAAUGGCGCUGCAUUAACCUUCCGCCCGAACUUAGGAAGCCUGAAAGGGAUACCAUAGUCACUGAGAGUGAAGCAGAGGAAGCUUCCGUAAUGACGAAGGAAGAUUACGAGGUGGAAUACUCUGAUACUGCUGUUGUUGAUUUGAGUGAAAGUGUGAAUGUGAAUUGCCGAUUCAAGUGCUUGAGUUGCAAGAAAGUGUUUGGUUCUCGGCAGGCUUUAGGGGGUCACAGAGCAAGUUACAUAAAUAUCAAGGGUUGUUAUGCCAUUACGAAGAAUAAAGGGGAAGUAGAAGAAAACUGCAUCAAUGAAUUAGUAGAUAUUGGUAGUGAAUGGGAGGUGAAGGAGCAUAGUGGUAGGGAUGAUAAAAUAACGAUUCCUGAUGCUCAUGAUAUUUCAGAAUCUACUGAUCAUUUUCUUGACCUUAAUUCAGAUAUUCAUGAUCCUUAUGAUCAUUCCUCACCCCAUUCAAACCUACAGAACUCUUUGCAAUCUGCUGAGGAUUGCAUCCCACCUCAAACAACACCUCAUGAUUCCUAG